AUGGGGUGGAUGAACGCACCGCAGAUACAGAAGGCUGCUGGUGUCAGGGGAGUGACACCAGAGGACACCAAGGCUGCCAGAACUGACCCUUUUUCUCUCUCAGAAUUAAAUGCCUCCAGAGCCCGUGGCAGCAACCACAGUGUGAACAGCCUGCCAGGACCCUCUGCCUCCUGCAGCUCUGUACCGGGGUCUGUGGUCAGCUGGGCUGAAUCCUUUGAGACGCUACUGCAGGAUCGCGUGGCUGUCACCUACUUCACUGAGUUCCUCAAGAAGGAGUUCAGCGCUGAAAAUGUCUACUUCUGGCAGGCAUGUGAGCACUUCCAGCAGAUCCCGGCCAGCGACACACAGCAGCUGGCGCAGGAGGCACGGCGAAUCUAUGAUGAGUUCCUCUCCAGCCACUCUAUCAGUCCUGUGAACAUCGACAAGCAGGCCUGGAUUGGGGAGGAGAUGCUGGCCACCCCCUCCCCAGACAUGUUUCGCACUCAGCAGCUCCAGAUCUUUAACCUGAUGAAGUUUGACAGCUACACACGCUUUGUGAAAUCUCCGCUCUACCAGGCCUGCCUGCGGGCAGAGAACCAGGGGCAGCCCCUGCCUGACCUGCGGCCCCACUCCCGCAGCAGCAGCCCCCCGCCCGACCUCAGCAAGAAAUCAAAGCUGAAGCUGGGCAAGUCCCUGCCUCUGGGUGUGGAGACGGCAGGCAGUGGUGCCAACCGCAGCCCCCGACGGUCCUUCAGGAAGGGAGAGCGGCGGGAGCCCUCCUGGGCAGACAGGGGAGAAGGCGGUGGGAGCACCAUGCUGUGGCGAGAGUCCCAGGGCUCACUCAAUUCCUCUGCCAGCCUGGACCUGGGCUUCUUGUCCUCGGGAAGCACAGCCCCCAGCCCCUGGACGGAGUGGCUCUUGCAGAAGGCACUAGUGCUGGACCAGGAGUGCUCCGUGCUGGCAGACCAGGAGGUGAAGCUGGAAAACAGGAUAAGCUUUGACCUGGAAAUCUCCUCCCUCAAGAAGACCAUCCGCAUCACAGCGAAGUCAACCAAGCGCAUCCGGGAAGCACUGCAGCCUGUGCUGGGGAAGUACGGCGUGAGCGUGGAGCUGGUGCUGCUGCGGAGGCAAGGCGAGCCGGCUGCCCUGGACCUGGAGAAGCUGGUCGGCACAGUGGCUGCUCAGAAACUUGUCCUGGAAAUGCCAGCAGACGUGCCAGUGACAGAGAGCGCUGCGGCUGCCCCCUCCCCGCUCAGGAGCGAGGAGGGAAGCCCAACAGGAGAAGAGCCUGACACACUGUGGGAGAUGCCCUCCUCCUUCUCCCGGCCCCGUUCUUCAGCUGCCACAAACCUGAACCGCCGCACAUACGACCUGGAAGGCUCUGAGGGGAGCAGCCAUCUCCAGCCCACAGAGCCCGCGCCGACCCAGCCUCCGGUUGACCAUGAGCUCCGAUGA